AUGCCACCGGCCGUGCUCACGCUGGCCGAGCGCAUCCGCGGCUCGGCGCGGCCCACCGCAGUGCACGUGCGCCGCCACGACUACAAGCACCACGGCCUGGCCAGCGAGUCCUACUACAUCGACGCAUUGCGCUGGCUCGCCGCGCGCUCGGGGCCGCUGGACGUCUUCGUCUUCUCCGACGAACCGAACUACACGGCCGCCUUCCUCAGCCAGGCCGGCAUCCGCGCGCAGCUCGUCAGCACCGGCGACGAUCUCGCCGACCUCUAUCUGAUGGCCCAGUGCGGCCGCCACGUGAUCUCCAACUCCACGUACUCGUGGUGGGGCGCCGUGCUGUCGGGCGCCAACGAUGUCGUCUGGCCCGACCCGUGGUCCUUCAUGCACACGCCCUCUGCGCAGCUCUGCCCGCCGCGCUGGAAGCGCGUCACCGGGGCCGUCGAACGUGCCCCCAACACGCCGCGCUUCGCGAACACGCUCGAGCAGGAGCAGUUCAGGAUCGACCGCGAGACCUUCUUCUCUCAAGGCCAGUUGCCGCCCGACUGGCAGGUCCAGUUGCGCCCCUGCCUGGGCGACGCCACCGCCGGCACCGACUUCGACUCGCACUACGUCUACCACACGGCCUGGGCCGCGCGCCGCUUGCACGCCAACCCGGCACCGCAGCACACCGACAUCAGCAGCGACAUCCGCUUCGUCACGCUGGCAUCGGCCUUCCAGCCGCUGCGUUUCCUGGACUACCGCCCCGCCGCCAUCAAGCUGGCCAACCUCGAAUGCGGUCGCGCGGACCUGCUGGCGCUGGACCUGCCGGAUGGCUCGGUGCCAUCGCUGUCGUGCAUGCACGUGGUUGAACACAUCGGCCUGGGCCGCUACGGCGACCCGAUCAACUUCCACGGUGCCGACAUCGCGAUGCGCCAACUCCAGCGCGUGCUGGCGCCGGGCGGGUUGCUGUACUUCGUCGUGCCGGUGGGCCAGCCGACCGUCGUCUUCAACGCCCACCGCGUGUUCCGCGCCAGCGACAUCGCCGCCACUUUCGACGGCCUGGAACUGCUGGAGUUCUCGCUCGUCAACGACGACGGCAGCUUCACCGAACACGUGCCGCUGCAAGCCGCCGACCCGCAGCGUUACGCCUGCGGCUGCUUCCUGUUCAAGAAGCCGCUCUGA